UCUCAUCUCUCUCCCCGCCCUCCCAGCUCGAGACAGCCACAGCCAGGAGCUCUCCCCGCCUCCACGCUGCAGCUUCUCCACGUGACCUCACACAUUCACAGUGCCUCGCUGCCCCGAAGCCUCAGCCUCCCAUGUCUCUCCUCGCCUCCCCCACGCCGUUCGGCGCGGCCGCCGUCCGCCGCCGCGUCGCGCCGCUUCCUCUCCUCCCUGCAGGCGGUCGCGCCGCGCUGCACGUGGCCCUCGCGCGCCGCGGCGGGGUCUCGUCCCGCACGCAGCGGCGCCUCGAGGAACGCGGAGGCAAGAAGCGCCGCGGCGGGGUCGCGGCGCCCGACGUGGACGAGGACGCGGCGGAGGCGGGGGCGGCGGCUUGGGAAGGGGAGCCGCUGGGGUUCGAGGUGUCGACGGAGCCCAUGCCACAGCUGCCGGACCCGGAGACGCCCGACUUCUGGGAGGGACCUCAGUGGGAGGCCCUCGGCUUCUUCGUGCAGUACAUGUGGGCGUUCGGCGUCGUCUUCGGCCUCAUUGCUUGUGGUGUCGCUGUGGCUACCUACAACGAUGGAGCAACAGAUUUCAGAGACACGCCUGCUUACAAGGAAUCCCAAUCACAGGAGUUCCCUGAGGAGGCAGAAUCAUCAAGCGCCGAUGUGUUUGAAGGCAAUCCAACUGAGGUAGCACCAGCUCUUGAGUAGGAGGCACGGGGGAGAAAACUUGUGUCUCUAUUCAAGCUAUAGCCUAUAGGGCUUUGCGUUUGCAAUAGGCAAUAAGACAUGUAAAAGCCUUGGUUGAAAUCUUGAUGCCAAGAAAAUUGGCUGGUUAAUAUUGUGUACUGAAUUUUCCCUUAGAAUCGAAUAUAGAUGGCUAGUGGUGAUAGGAUUCAACUGUACUUUAUUACCAAAAGUUGGGGGAAACGAAAGAGAGCAAGCAUUGCUGUCUUCCCUGUAUUUUGAUUCAUCCUGCCUCUACAAUGGCUUUUCUGGCACAUAUAAGUCCAAGGGAAAUGUAUAAUUUCAAAUAAGUUUCACAAAUUACAUUCUGUACCGGCACAAUCCAUAAUUCAAAGGAACAUGUGGCAUUAUCAGAUUCA